AGAGAUACAGGAGACACAGAAAUUCUGCAAUACACUUAAGAAUUCUGUCACAUAUCUCAAUAUUACGUAUGCGCUUCCAUAAUCAAUCAACCUGUGGUUAUUGGGAGCAGCUACCAGUCGCCAGUCACCGGUCGUCAUAGUAUGUUUGAGAUUCUAUUCAAAAAAUAAUUUUUUAUUUGAUACAAGUUUUUAGAUAUUAAGCUUUCGUCUUCGACGCAAAUAAAAUGAGUGGUUUAUAUGGGUCAAUAGCUCAAAAGUGAGCAGGAUCAAAGACUUACAAGCAAUCCCCUGUUCCACUCUGAGGUCUUAUGCACCGACUUGUUCGUAACCUUCCAACCACCUUCCCAUCUAGGACACAAAUUCAUUUCAAAGUGAUACUAUAUAUACAUAUAUAUUAUAUAUAUAGUGUAGAUUUAGCAAUCAUCCCCUUCACCACAGAAACAGGAGCCAAAAUAUGAUGGAAACAGGGGAAGACAUUGUGAUUGUUGGAGCUGGAAUUGCUGGUCUUACAACAUCCUUAGGACUUCAUAGGUUGGGAAUUCGAAGCUUAGUGUUGGAAUCCUCGGAUGGAUUGAGGGUCACUGGAUUUGCCUUCACGACAUGGACAAAUGCUUGGAGGGCAUUAGAUGCUGUUGGCCUUGGUGACUCCCUCCGACAACAUCAUCAAAGGCUUUAUGGGAAUGUGACUAGCUCUACAAUUUCAGGACAUCAAACCUCAGAUACGUCAUUUGAAGCUAAAGGAAAACGUGCUGGGGAGCACGAAAUUCGUUGUGUUCAAAGGAAGUUGUUGUUGGAAAGCCUUGCAAAGGAGCUUCCAAUUGGCACAAUUAGGUACUCUUCCAAGGUGGUUUCUAUAGAGGAAUCAGGCUUCUAUAAGCUUUUGCAUCUUGCUGAUGGAACCAUUCUCAAAACCAAGGUGUUGAUUGGGUGUGAUGGAGUGAACUCAGUGGUGUCAAAAUGGCUGGGGUUGAAGAAAGCAGCAUUCACAGGGAGAUGUGCCAUAAGGGGGUGUGUAGAUUUCAAGCAGAGGCAUGGGUUUGGUCCAAAGCUCAUGCAGUUCCAUGGCAAAGGUUUUCGAUCUGGUUUUAUUCCUUGUGAUGAUCAAACCGUCUACUGGGCUUUCACUUGGACUCCCUCUGGCAAAGAGAAUGAUGAGAUAGAAGAUAAUCCAGCUGAAAUGAAGCGACUUGUGUUAAGCAAGCUAGAAAAGGUGCCUGAUGAAAUAAGGGCAAUUAUUGAAGACACUGAUCUGGAGGGUAUUAUUUUAUCCCCAUUAAUGUACAGACAUCCAUGGGAGCUUCUUUGGGGAAACAUCAGCAAAGGCAAUGUCUGUGUUGCUGGUGAUGCACUCCACCCCAUGACCCCAGACAUUGGCCAAGGUGGUUGUGCUGCCUUGGAAGAUGGUGUUGUUUUGGCAAGGUGUCUUGCCAAUGCCUUGUUGAAAGAGCAGCCAAGUGAGAAAACAAAAGAGAAAGCUGAAAGAGAAAGAGAGGAAUACAAGAGGAUUGAGAUGGGGCUGAAGAAUUAUGCAAAGGAAAGGAGAUGGAGAAGCAUUGACCUCAUUACUACAGCUUAUAUGGUUGGUUUUAUCCAGGAGGGUGAAAGUAGUGUGACGAACUUCAUAAGGGAUAAAAUAUUGGCUGCUUACUUGGGUGGAUUUCUGUUGAAAAAAUCUGAUUUUGAUUGUGGGAAGCUCAGCAUUUCCAAUUCGGAGUAGUUUAUUAGUAUUUAAUUUUCAAGAGUUAAUGGUAUUAAAAUUAUGUUAGGCAAGUUAUAACAAAUGCGUGUUGCCAUAGGGUUUAGGCGUAGUUUAUUUAAACAUGCAUUGUACUCCAGUUAUGAAAGCGGUUUUUUUUUUUUUUUUUUUAUCUGUAAGAAUGUUUUGUCAAAAAGAUUGAAAUGGCCAAAUUUGAAUCACCAAUCACAGUGUAGAGGAU